AUGCGCAACUGCAUGAGCGCGCUUAAUUACUUCACCCCGCCGUCUCUGCAGUCCCAGGCUGGGAUCGCCCUCACAGGCGAGUCACUUCUUGAAACUGCCGUGGCUCUUUUGAGUCCACUCGAAACACCUCCCCCUUGUGCCCUCCGCUCCCCUUGUGCACUCCGCUCCCCUUGUGCCCUUCCCUUCCCUCGCCCGCAGAAUGUAACCAAUCAGAGUGAGUCCCUCCUUGAAACCGCAGUGGCUCUUUUGAGUCCACUUGAAACACCUCCCCCUUGUGCCCGCCCCUCCCCUUGUGCCCGCCCCUCCCCUCGCCCGCAGAGUGUAACCAACCAGUGCGAGUCCCUCCUUGAAACCGCAGUGGCUCUGGCCUCUGCUGACGUGCCACUCCUGGAUCCUGCCACGUGGGUAGGGGCAGGAGCAGGGGCAGGGGCAGCGGGGGUGGCGGCAGGAGGCGUGGGACUGAUUCUGGAUGCGGUGGUAGGGCGUGGGGAGCAGUACACGCGCAUUCAGCAAGCACUGGACGCAGCAUCCCCUGCUGCCGAUACCCCUCGCCCAUACAUCAUCUUCAUCCGAGCAGGGUGGUACCGGGAGCAGGUGCGCGUGGGGAGGGAGGGCGUGGUGCUGAUGGGGGAGGGGGCUGACCGCACUGUCAUCACUGGCAACGCCAGUGUGAAUGAUGGCGCAUCCACAUACGGCUCUGCCACUGUAGGUAGGCUCUCAACACUCUCCAGGCUCUCAGUGCUCGUCAGUGCAUGCCGGUGGGGGAGGGGCUGA